AUGGCUCGGGGCUCUGGCCCUCGCCUCGCUGCUAUUGUCCCAGGCAAGCUCGAGCUCUACCCACACACAGGAUCAGCUGGAUCCACUCUUGUUGCCGCCGUCGCCGCAAGGAAGCCAAGGCCAAGGCCGCUCACGAGGAGCGCCUGGCUCAUGUUCAAGAUCAGAAAGAUCAAGAACAAACUCAAGAUCCGCCGCCGCCUGAAGAAAGACGCAGCAGCCGCCGCGAACGUCACCCAUGAGGUGAUCGGGCUUGUCAGUCUCGAACGAGUGUGCAAGAAUAUCCAAGGCCUUUGUAGGCGCUGCGCUCGAGAUGAACACCUUGGCUGCCAGCAUGGGCAACAUGUCUGUGCAGCAAGGCCCCCGUGGUGUCGACCGAGGUCGCCACCAGAGUUUCUUCGCUCUCAACCCCCCGCAGGGCAACCCCUUCGCGGCAGCUGGCGCUGCUGGUAUGCCAUUUCCAUCGAACGUUCAGCAUCAGCCCUUCACUUGGCAGUAUUUUAGGCCUCCAGCCCCCCUGUGGCUUUGAACAGUCUCGGCCGAGUGUGCAAGAAUAUUCAUGGACAGCACAUUUGCCCUCAGCAUUCCCUCUGUAUCCAGCAAUCUCAUUCACCAUGGGCAAAGCUGCCAAGAUCAAGUUCAAGGUGCGAAAGUUCUUGGCCAAAAUCAAGGUCCGUCGCCUCCUCGCAAAGGAUGCCAAAGCGGCCGACUUCGCAUGCUCGCCAGGGGCCCU